AUGGAGAACGACAAGGGAGAGAUCGUCGAUCUCUACGUGCCCCGCAAGUGCAGCGCCACCAACCGCAUCAUCAAGGCCAACGACCACGCCUCCGUCCAGCUCUCCGUCGGCAAGGUUGACGAGAACGGCCGCUACACCGGCGAGAACCAGACCUACGCUCUUUGCGGCUUCAUCCGUGCCCGCGGCGAGAGCGAUGACUCCUUCAACCGCCUGGCCCAGCGCGAUGGCUACCUCAAGAACGUCUGGACCGCCUCCAGCCAGCGCUAA